AUGUUAAGAUCUGGGGCUCUCACGUCUCUUAGGUCUCUCAGAUCUCUCAGAUGCCGCACAAGCACGACCAGCCAAUGCCUACGCUCAUUGGCUACUUUCGAGGUGGCUGACGCGCCACCAACCACGGCGAACAGCAUAUUCGCUCCACUUGACUCCUUCACCCGCCGCCACGUUGGCCCACGCUCUGCCCAUGUCGACCAAAUGCUCGAUUCACUCGGCUACACGUCAUUUGACCACUUCAUCAAUGACGCUGUGCCUGCGAAUAUACGCAUCCACGACUCCAUCAACGACUCUUCCAUUCCCCCACUCUCCGAAUCGGAGCUUCUUGCUCGCGCCAAGCAGCUCGGCAGCCAGAACAAACUCUUUAAAUCGUACAUAGGCAUGGGCUAUCACAACGCUGUCACUCCACCAAUCAUUCUCCGCAACAUCACUGAAAAUCCUGCUUGGUAUACCAGCUAUACGCCCUAUCAGCCUGAAAUUUCUCAGGGCAGACUCGAGUCCUUGCUUAAUUACCAGACUAUGGUGUCUUCUCUCACCGGAAUGGACAUCGCUAAUGCUUCUUUGCUCGAUGAGGCUACUGCUGCUGCAGAGGCUAUGGUUAUUGCUUUCGGUACCGCAAAAGGUAGCAAGCGCACUUUCAUCGUCGAUUCUGGUGUCUUGCCUCAGACUCUCGCUGUUCUUCACACUCGCGCUCGUGGUCUUGGUAUCAACGUUGUCCACGGCGACAUUAAUGAUCUUUUACAGAAGGACAAUAUACGUUCUGACCUUGUUGGUGCUUUGUUCCAGUAUCCAAAUAUUGACGGCGCCAUCCAAGACUACUCCAACCUAAUCAGCCAAGUUCACAGCCUUAGUGGUCUUGCUGUCUGCGCAACUGAUCUCUUGGCUCUCACUCUGCUCAAGCCACCAGGCGAGUUUGGUGCUGAUAUCUGCGUUGGCAACUCUGCUAGAUUCGGUGUUCCAUUGGGAUACGGUGGUCCUCAUGCAGCAUUCUUCGCCUGCUCAGACGCCCUCAAGCGUAGGAUGCCAGGAAGGUUGAUUGGUGUAUCAAAAGAUUCCGACGGCAAAAUAGCCUAUAGACUUGCUCUUCAAACGAGAGAGCAGCACAUCAGACGCGAUAAAGCUACUUCGAACAUCUGCACAGCACAGGCAUUGCUUGCAAACAUGGCUGCUAUGUAUGCUGUUUAUCAUGGUCCCCAGGGCUUGCGUCAGAUAGCAGCCAAAGUUCACGCUCUCACAAAAGUGCUUAAGCUGGGUAUCGAAAAAGAGGGAUUCACGGUCAAGAAUCGAGACAGUUACUUCGAUACGCUCACUGUUCAUGUCGCAUCAGCUGAGUCGACGCACGCUGCCGCUAUAGCGAAUGGCAUAAACUUGCGUCGCGUGGACGACCACACAGUCGGGAUCACGCUCGAUGAGAGUGUCACCGAGAAGGACAUACUUACGCUAUUGGAUGUUUUCUCCCAGGCCAGAACAGCCCGCGGCAUAGAAGCAUCCCAAGCUGCUAAAGACCUCACACGUCCGCAAGCUUUGGAGGAAAUUGCGCUCGAUCUUAACCUCACCCGUCACACUCUGCCUACACUGCAAGUAGCUGCAGAUGAAAAACUUCAGAGACAAUCAUCCUAUCUCCAACACGAGACUUUCAACAGGUAUCAAUCAGAGACUGAGCUUUUGAGGUAUAUCUACUACCUACAGGGCAAGGAUCUUUCGCUUGUUCACAACAUGAUUCCACUUGGUAGCUGCACUAUGAAGUUGAAUUCAACAAGCUCAAUGAUUCCAUUCACCCAGCCUGAGUGGUCGAGUGUUCACCCGUUCGUGCCAAUAGACCAAGCUCAAGGGUAUGCUAAGAUGAUAAGGGAAUUGGAGGAUGACUUGGCUGCUAUCACAGGGUUUAGUGCGACAUCGCUGCAACCAAACAGUGGUGCGCAGGGUGAAUUCGCAGGCCUGUCAGUAAUCAAAGCGUAUCAUGAAAGCAAAGGGGAUGGCGGAAAACGAAACAUAUGUCUCAUUCCUCUCUCAGCUCACGGCACAAAUCCCGCCUCGGCGGUGAUGGCAGGGAUGAAAGUAGUCCCAAUCAAGACGCUCAAGGAUGGACGGUUAGAUAUGGAAGACCUGCGCGGAAAGUGUGAAGAAUACAGUGAGAAUCUCGCAGCUUUCAUGGUCACCUAUCCAUCAACAUUUGGAGUAUUCGAGGAAGGUGUGCAAGAGGCAUGCAAGCUAGUCCACGAUAAGGGAGGGCAAGUUUAUCUCGAUGGAGCCAAUCUGAAUGCACAAGUUGGUUUGACUAACCCAUACACCUGUGGUGGAGAUGUUUGUCACUUGAAUUUGCACAAAACGUUUUCGAUUCCACAUGGUGGUGGUGGACCGGGUGUAGGACCUAUAUGCGUUGCUGAACAUCUCGUACCAUUUUUACCUGGUCAUCCUCUCUCGCCGCACGGUACAGAUUCGUCACUCACACCUGUCAGUGCUGCUGCGCAAGGCAGCGCUAGCAUCCUCACCAUCAGCUGGGCGUAUAUUAAAAUGCUGGGCGGGAGUGGCCUCACUGAGUCGUCUAAAAUUGCCCUCCUCAAUGCCAACUAUAUCAAGAAAAGGCUAGAAGGGCAUUUCAAUGUCCGUUUCGUUAACUCAAAAGGGGCUGUGGCGCAUGAGCUGCUUUUAGAUUUGGCUAAUUUCGAAGAAAGUGGAUUAAAGGUGAUGGAUUUCGCCAAGCGGUUGCAGGACUUUGGCGUUCAUCCACCAACCUGUUCCUGGCCAAUCACAUCUGCUAUGCUAAUAGAGCCUACUGAGUCAGAAAACAAGGAGACGCUCGAUAGGUUUAUUGAUGCACUCAUUCAUAUCAAGGGGGAGGCUGAUGAGGUGGCAAAUGGAAAAGCGGAUCGCGUGCUUAACGUUAUCAAGAAUGCCCCUCAUACUCUCUCAUCUCUCGCUUGGUCAGAUGACAAGUGGGCUGCUACACGACCAUACUCACGCCAAAAGGCCGUUUAUCCUCUCGCUUACCUCGCCAAUAACAAGUUCUGGCCUUCUGUGGGGAGAGUGGAUGAUGCAUAUGGUGAUCGUAACCUUACCUGUAGCUGUCCAAGUGUAGAGGAAAUGGCGGAGUAG